AUGCCACAAUACAUUACCCAGCUUCCAUCUGUCCGCCUCUCACAGAGCAGCUGGACCUUCAAGGAAAAAUUCGCAAUCCAUGGCCAGUACGGAAAGGUCAUCGUCAAAGUCACCCCGACCUCAUGGGAGAUAUAUGUUGCGGAUGCAAAAAUCGCAAAGCAGGUAUUAGACCAGCGCACGGCUUUCCACAAGCCGAAUAAACUACUAGGUUCUAAAAUGGCUGCCUUUGGGCCAAACUUAGCUACAGUCGAAUGCGAACAAUGGCAGCAACAUCGCCGAGCUACCGGAAGAGCUUUUCACACGAAGACAUACCAAACAGCAUGGGACGAAGCACAUAGCCGUGCCUCUUCACUUAUGUCUGAAUGGCUUUGCAACAACGCAGUCGAUCACACCCAGGCCGAUAUGCGCGCGCUUAGCCUGGAUGUUCUCUUUAGGGCUUGUUUCAAUCUUGAAGAUCUAAGAGGAGCACUUGGAGGUUCGAAUUCAGACAUCCUCUCGCUUCGGGAACAUCUCGACCAGUAUAUAGGCAACCCUAUCAGUCGAAAACCUCGCGCUCUGCAGAGUAUGGUAUCAGGUCAAGAGGUUUUGAAGGAAUAUUUCGAGCGACUGGUCACGAAUCGGAAGGAGUCUGGGAACCAACGCGACCAGAGAGAUCUUCUCUCAUCAAUGAUGGCAGAAACACGUCGGAAUGGAUGGUCGGAAAGUGACAUACCAGGGAAUUUAUUCAUGUUCUUUUUUGCAGGACAUGAAACCACUGCUAGCGUCCUGACUUACAUUAUCCAUCUACUUGCCAUCUUUCCGGAGUGGCAGGCAUGGGCUUCGGAAGAGGUCGAUGAAGUUUUUUUGGUCUCUAAGAACACCGCGGCUCCGGAUUUCAGAACCUUUUAUCCGUAUUUGAAGCGACUGCGAGCGAUAUUGCAUGAGACAUUGCGCCUUUACGGCCCCGUUCCAACAAUUGUACGCGCCGUGAACGACCAAGAUCAGACCCUACUGCUUGCUGACGACAGCGUCAUUGUCCCGAAACAUACGCCCAUUAACAUCAAUUGCGCGGCAUUGCACACGGACCCGGAGGUUUGGGGAAAUGACUGUCUUGAAUGGAAUCCUGGGCGGUGGAUAUCAAAUGCGUCAACCUGGGCAUCAGAAGAAGAGUGUUUCCCCCAGCUCUCUGGAAAUUUUUUUGGUUGGGGGGCCGGGCCACGGAUCUGUCCAGGGCAACGUUUUUCACAGGUGGAGGUUCUUGCAAUCAUGCCGAGUGGGGCUUACCUUGACGAUGCCUAG